GGCAUUGGAAACAAGCAGAAACCCCAUCAAUAUCUCGACAGAUAAUAUUGCUAACAGCACCGGAAGUGUAUACGAAGAAGUACAGAACCCAACGGCUGACAAUAUAAGAGCAAAGAUCGCUAACAUGAUCCGCUCCUUCUCCACAACUACCGGAAGUUCGGGUAUACAAUACCGCGUAUUUACAUCUGACAAUGACGCAGAUCUUUCCAUCAAGUUAUCGGCAGCAGGUGGUUACGCCGGGUUUAAGGCAUCGGCCGGUUUCGAGUCGGAGCAGACGGAGAAGAAAUACUAUCUCACGAUCGAUGCGAUCAAGCCGUUGUACACGCUGAUUUCAUCCGUUCCUUCCAACGGCUAUUUCUCGGAUAAAUCAAUCGAGGCGAACAAUCAAAACCUCAUCGUUUUAAAGAGUGUUACUUAUGGCAGCAGGGUGUUAGCUAACCUGGAAAUUACGUUGCAAACACAGAAAGACGCGAUCGAUUUCAAAGCCAGUUUCGGCGCUGACAGCGGUAAAGGAAUAUCCGCAAACGCUUCAGCCACCUUCAACUACCUUAAAACUGCAAAAAACGCAUCCACAACGGCUAAUGUUUACAUAGUCGGUGGACCGUUAAACACGACACUUUUUGAAACAGACAAGUUGCAGCAGCAAAUCACGGAGCUGAUUGCCAGGUGCAAUUACCAGACUGCCCAACCUAUCGCCUAUUCAUUUACUGAUAUCAAUGGAAAUGUACUUGGCAUCGAGUCAUCAACGGACAAGUUUACGACCACCAAAUGUGUUCCAUCGGGUUCUGUGUAUAAACUGGUUGCGGCUACUGUGCAGAUCUAUACGGGUAAAGACAACAAGGAGCAGGGCUCUAACGCAUCCGUAACGCUUUCAAAACCGAAAGGACCGGUAAAACCCGUUGUAGCUGCAUUUGAAAAGAUGGUGGCGGGCACAAAACUUCCUUAUAAAAUGAUCAAUGACAGCCUGGCUGUUAUACCGUAUGAAGGGGAGAAUGUGCCAAAUUACCAGGUGGUCGUUCAUAAAGCGGGUGACCUGAUCAUCGUUUUUGUCAACCUUAGUGACCUUUGGCCCGGGAAGCUGGGCGCCGAAAGAUACGAGUACCUUUUACAACAGGCUUACCAAUUCGACAUCCUAAAAAUAGGCAUGGACGCGGAUGAUAAAACUAUCUAUGCCAGAGCUGACCUGUACAAAACAACUGUCACCUCACCGAUACUUGGACGUGUAAUAAGACAAGUAGCCAAUGUUACGAAUAUAUUGGGUGCUCAACUGUCCCUGUGUGAUUCUUUUGUCAACUGGAUGCAGGCAAGCUAUAUACCAAAAGGAGGGCUGGGUGAUGCGAAAAAGAUGGUGACCGAAAAAAUAGGUCUCUACAAUGAAUAUGUUGCUGCCCUGCCUCAGGCAUAUGGCGCUUAUACCAAAACAUAUACCGAUCUGCGCUAUAAUAAAAGCGGCAAGAUAGAGCCUAUGUCGAACAGCCAUGUGCAAUGGAGUAUAGUUGCCAAUGGUAUCAUCGGGAUCAGGGCGGGCAUUUUCUGUACACCUUCACAAUACUAUUUUACGCUUCCUUCUUUUGCCGAGCAGGGCUAUGACAAUGCAAUGGAGAAACUCGGCGAUCGGGAAUG